AUUCCUGGGUUUCUUUCACUCGAGUGGAGACACUAGGCUGGUGAGGACGGCGGUUAGUUGUGGCGACAAACUGCUUACCCUUCCGCUAGUACACGCCCCGGGGCGGCUACACCUUGUGCUUGAAUACCAUCUGAAGGACGAGCAAGGCCUUGAAGACUCAAGUGAUAGCAAUUGAGGAAGGACCAAGAUGAAGGUGUUACUGGCGGUGCUGCUGGUGGCGGCAGGAGCUUCCAUAGUGUGCGCCGAGAUGCAGUUCGAUGUGGACAUCGCGUCCCACCUCGAGCACCUCGACACGCAGAGGUUCCCCAAUGAAAGAUUUAGCAACGGGCGGCUUGCCGCACAAAAGUAUAUUAAAGAACGCUUUGUCAACUAUGGAUUCAAAGUUUUCGAGCACAAGUUCAACACCACAAUCAAUCCUGACCCCACUGGCUUAACUUCCAACGAAAAACUCGUUGAAGGAGUGAACAUCAUCGCGAUCGCGGAAGCGGAGAGCAACAAGUCGGGAGCAGUGCUGUUGGUCGGGGCCGACUACGACACCAACGGCUGGGACGACCCCUUGUAUAACAACGGGGCAGGGUUGGCCGCCAUGCUGGAGACCGCGAGGCUCUUCAUGCACAACUCUCGCUGGUCUGGACAAUACGUACAGAAUUUCACCACAAUAUUUGUGGCCUUUGAUCUCAACACCAAGGAGCAUCAGCAUUCCCCGGGCAAGCCAGGAGCACUUCACUUCGUCCACGACUACCUGUGGCCGUACCUCAACGAGUCGGAGGCCAACUUCGGGGGCGCCUUCAUUCUAGACUCCAUCAUGAACGUUAACUUUAACGAGAAUUCCCAAACUGUCGAUGACGAUUUCCAUAAGAUGUUCCCCGAGACAUACAAGCGGAUAGUGGAGAGCGGUUAUAAGGGAAACUUCUUGACGGCGCUGACGGUGUCAGGAACAAAAGCUGACAUGCUCAAAGACCAGUUUUCUGGCAGCUACAAUAAGGAGAGAAAACUUUCAAUGUAUCGGCUAGAGGACAUGGACAUCACCAUGCCUUCUGUAAUACUGAACAAACUCAUCAUAGAACUGACCAAGCAGGACACCAUCCACUUCUGGACCUUCACUAUCGACAAUGCUAUCGACAACACCACCACCCAGCUGCCUCUGCCAGCUAUUCUUAUCACUGACACCCAGGGUCUUCGUAAGAGGCCGCCGCUCCCCGACAGCUGCCAGAAAGGCUGCCCGAUCAAUCUACUCCUCACACAGGACACAGUAGACUUCAUGGACGCCACAGUCAAGAGUCUCACACGCACCCUGAUUCGCCGUCAGGCAUCCCCAGUUACUGAUUCUGGAACGAGUAGGGGUAUCCUGCCUUCCCUUCUUGUGACAGCCCUGCUCUUCGCUCUGGCCCGCAUAUAUGAGGUGUAACUGACUACUGUACACUCAACUACGUAACUAGUUCACUGAAUCUGUUAUAUUAGAAGACAUCGUAACAAGUUAUCAAAAAUUUCCUUGUCCAUAUUAGCAAUUUCUGCGGCAUCUCGAAUGAAUCAAUAUCUGUCCAGUGUGUUAUAAAACUAGCUACGUAAUCCUGUGUGAUGGGGAUUUUUAGCAUCACGUAGCUAGUUUUUGGACACGCUGUACUCCUGUUUAUAUAGUCUAGAGCAGCUGCACAAAUGCAGAUGUACCUAAAUGUGUUAAAAAAAAAAGGUAUCAUUAAAUGGGUGUUCAAAUCUACAAUUAAGACCUAUUGUCUUAUGUAUGAGCCUCUGUCCUGUGUGGCAGUGAAUAUAAGCAGCAUUCUUACUGCAAUAAGACCUAAUCGAAUUACUCCGAAUAGGUAAAAGUGUAUGAUAAUUUUGUAAAUAAAUAUAGUAAUAAUAACUAUAGACUCUAGACUCACGUGGCCAGUUCAGAAAUGCCAUAGAGAUAAAUGUAGCAUCACUAAGACUCAUGAAGCCUCAUUAACUCAGGCACCCUCAUCAAAACUCACUACUCAAGCCCCCAAUGUUGUUUUUUUUACCGAGGCUUCUGAUAUGCAUUUACUAAAACAAUAACGAAUUAUUGCUCCGACUCGUUUAGAACUAUGUUACCAAGAUCUUCGCAACUUUAAUGGUGCUUUUUUUCAACCAUCUUUUUUGUUCUUACUAAAUAGUAUUUGAUUUCACCAUGUGUUAAUGAUGUCACUUGUUUGGUAUUUUGGUGUUGAAU